GCGGCCAUGGCGGGAGCGCUGGUGCGGGCCAGCCGUACCUCGCCUCUGAGGGGAUCGCUGUCACCGCUGAGGGCGGCCCGGGCGCUCCUGGUUUGCAGGCUGAAGUCAUCAGUCAGCUUUCUCACUCGACCAGAUCGACCAAAUAUUGCUUAUCAGAAACUAAAAGGGAGGAACCCAGGGGUUAUUUUCCUUCCAGGCUUCAAUUCAAAUAUGAAUGGUCAGAAAGCAACUGCCCUUGAAGAUUUCUGCAAAUCAUUAGGUCAUGCCUUCAUCCGAUUUGACUAUACAGGAUGUGGAAGUUCAGAUGGUAAAUUUGAAGAGUGUACAAUUGGGAAGUGGAGAAAAGAUGUUCUGUCUAUAUUGGAUGAACUUACAGAUGGACCACAGAUUCUGGUGGGCUCCAGCAUGGGUGGAUGGCUGAUGCUUCACGCUGCAGUAGCACGUCCAGAUAAAGUAGCUGCUCUGGUUGGAGUAGCUGUAGCAGCAGAUCACGUUGUAACAACUUUUAAGAGGCUUCCUAUUGAGGCGCAGAAAGAAAUAGAAGAAAAGGGUGAAUGGAAGUAUCAAACAAAGCAUAAUAAGGAAGGAUAUUUCUCCUUGACCUAUGACUUCAUCAGAGAAGCAGAAAAUCACUGCGUGCUGAAUAGUCCUAUUCCUGUAACAUGUCCCAUACGCCUUAUCCACGGCAUGAAGGAUGGGGAUGUCCCUUGGGAGAUCUCAAUGCAAGUUGCUGACCGUGUUUUGAGCAAGGAUGUGGAUGUUACCCUCCGCAAAAUUGGCCAGCAUCGGAUGAGUGACAAGGAGGAUACAAAGCUCCUUGUGAAUACUGUUGAUGAUCUAAUUGACAAGCUGUCAACAGUAGAAUAACCUGAAGAGUAGAAUUAGUGCAUGAACUCUACACCCGACUUUUUUCCUUGAGUAACAGAAGCCUUGUUACCCAGAUGGUGGCAGGCCUGUGACUGUCACAGUAGGAACUGAGCUUUAUCUGGUGUUUCCUUACCUCUGUUUCAUAAAUACAGGUAUUGUAUUAUUGCUGCAUUUGCACACAGUCCAAAGUGUGAAGGAGUGCUGCUAUUGAGUUCAGAACCUCUCCUUCACCAUUUUACCCAUUUUUUUCACAGAUUUCCUACAAUUUUGUACUGACAUGUUGAUUACUUUUUCUUGCUGUUGGCCUCUACAGUAAAACUUUAUUUUCACAUCUUUGACACCUUACUGUCCUUUCACUGUAAUAUCAUUGUAUCUUAUGUCUGAAACCAUCUGUGCAAGGCAAAAUACAACUUACGUGUUUACUGAAGUUAAUUAUUAGAAUAGUGAGUACCAUGAAACACAAUAAACAGAUUUCAGAUAAAUGGUCAUUUUGUUCUGAAAUGCUGUUAAAAAGUGGAAGGCACACCCUGAUGUUGUGCUUGGGGUACUACAUAGGGAAGAAUUUGACUUCUAAAAAUGCAGGGCCUCAAAGCCCUGCCUCACAGGUGUUUAUCUGUGCUUAUUAGGAGGGUGUGUGUCAUCUUCUCCAGGCUGCCAUCUGUCGUUCAUUUGUGGGCCUACUGUUAAGGAAACAAUAAAUAAUCGUGGUGAAACUGGAUCAAUAAGGUGACUUUAAUAGUAGCUUCUUCAAAGUGGGGAGUACGGUGCUAUAGAGCACUUUUGCCUCUUUCCCAUGACUUGAGAGCUGUGGAUUGCUGAGAACAAUGUCUUCUUCAGCUGCGUGAGUCCAGCCCUGAGAAGUUGUAAAUAAAACUUGAUAGUUGAAUAAGUCUUAACAUGUAAAUCCAUAGAAUUUAGUAGUAAAUUGAUUUAAUUGCAAAUAUGACUGUUACCUGGGUUUUGUACAGAAAUACAGUACCAUUCGUACACUUGAGAGAGAGGCUGGAAUUAGUUCAGGCUGGCCUUAAUGUAUAACAUCAGUCAAAAGCGUAUAAUUGUUUAUGGGUUUGUUACUUGAAGUAGUAAAUGACAUCACUGUUGUUACCUUGAAAGACUAGAGCUGCUGGGAGUAAGGUAUUUCUAGAAAGUUUGUCAUUUUCAGUUUUAGCUAUGUCAGUAGAAUUGUGCUGAACAGGGCUUUGCUGAGGUAGUGGGUUUUAAUUAAAAAAAAAACACCACUAACAAAUAACUAAAGUUAAAAAUAAACACAGCAACAAAACCAAAAUUUCAGAUGUGUUCCUAUGAAGUACAGUUCUAUUUAGGCUUGCAAAAAAGAAGCUGUGAUGUAAAAAAAUGAAUUUUUUAUAUAAGUAAAAAAAAUGGCUCUUGUUUAGAAGCAAAUUUUCUACUUCAAGUGUACCAAUUCCCUAACUCGGUCACAGAGUGGUUUGGAUUGGAAGGGACCUUAAAGAUCAUCUGGUUCCAACCACCAUACCAUGGGCAGGGAUAUGUUGCACUAGACCAGGUUACUCAGAGCCCCAUCCAACCUGGCCUUGAACACUUCCAGAGAUAGGGCAUCCACAACUCCUAUGGGCAACUUGUUCCAGUGCCUCACAGUAAAGAAUUUUUCCUUAAUUAUCUGAUCUAAACCUACUCUCGUAAGUUUGAACUCAUUCUUCCCCUUGUUCUGUCAUAACAUGCUCUUAUAAAUAGUCUCUAUCCAGCUCAGGAUGAUCUGGAUUGGGAUAAUUGCCUAAGGAAAUUAGAACAUUUCAUGAAACCUUGUUCCCAAGUAUUUCUGGCAUAGACUGUUCUUCUGUUUGUAUCACUAUGCAAUUCACUUCAGCUUUAAAACCUCUGAAAUAUGUUUCUAACUUUGAGAAAGUUAAUGCAAAUGGCAUACCUGGAGUUGAGGUUUUGUUCAUGUUUAUGUACUGUUAAGCAGUUGUCAUCUUUAUAUGUGUUUGUAUGACUUGAAUGUGAUAAUACCUAAAAAACAGAUUUUGUGGGUUUUAAAGAUGCAGUCAAAUCAAAAUUAUUUUGAAACUUUGUGCCCUAAGCCAUGAUAGGUUUUUUAAAUCCAAUUUUGUCUCGUCUCAGAUUGGUUUGGCUCGUAAUGGAAGAAGAGGCUGAAACAAGUGGACUGCAGUAAUUCCAAAGUAAUUAAUUUUAAUUAAUGCCAAGAGUUACCAGUUGUAAUAUAUAUACUUUUUCUUCACAUAUGUUAAAGUUAUUUCAGUGACUGAAAAGUUUUGAGUUUUUUUUUUAAAUAGGGAGUUAUACCUGUAAACAUUCAAUUUAAUACUUCAGACAGGGAAAAGGCUUUGUGUGCAUGCAUAAACUGUAGCUGUGUAUUCCUCUUGAAAGAGUUGCAUUGUAUUCCUGCUUCAUGUUAGCCUUUAUUAAAUAAUUGAUAUUUUACAGGUAAGGUGUCUAUUGCAGUGCCUUAGAGCAAAAUAGGUGAAGGUAAAUGUGAAGUGGAGCAGUUGUGUAAAGAGUUUUCAGGAGGGUUUUUUUCCCUGUUUGCUGUUGGUGUUGUGUUGUUGCCCCCUCCAUUAUUCUGCUGUAGUAACAUGAGGUGGGAGAAUUCAGUGUAACAGGGUUGGCAUAGUUGUUGGGAAUACAAAACUGCAGCAUCAGUUGCUGAAACCACAGCAUUACUGAAAAUUUAAUCCUAGGGGAGUGAGGUUUUUUUGCCACUUGUUUUGUAGUCCUGUAUUCCUUCUCUGCUGGCUAAAUGGAAUCAGUGGUAGCAUUUACAGUACAGGUACACCCAAAGUUUGUUACAUAUGGCCUAAAUGCAAAGGCAGAGAUGAUACUUUCUUCAUAAAGAUGAUAUUCUAGGUAGUGUUUUGAAAUUCAGGGAAUGCUAGUGUCCUUCUCUCUGUGCUCACUUUAUUUUUGUAAAUCUGGUUUGCUUAAAUAUGAAGAAGUAUACAUUGUGCAGACAGACCUUUUUCUCUGAUUUUGGUGUAGUAAUUCCAUUGAUAUUUAUCUUUGCAAGCAUAAGCAUUUUCUCUUGUGUUAAUGCUAGAAAUUACCAGAGUUUUGACUCUUGGCAACUUCACAUAUUCACAUGCCUGAAAGAAGGGAUAGUGAUAACUAGAGAGAUUUACAUCCUACCUCUGAGCAGCUGUUGACCUACCAGGAAGUUUUUACAAUCUCAAAUGAUGUGGUGUUCACAUAUUACAGUGUCAUUCUGAAUUGGUACAUUUUGUCCUGUGUGUUAAUGCCUGGGGCAUUGCUUUUUUCUUUGCCAGUAGAUGCCUACAUAGUAAGUAUUUUCAGUAUUAGUCAUGUUUAAAAACUAGUAUUUCAUUCCUCUGUAGAGGUACUGUAUUAAAAUAGGAUAUUACACACUUGGAAAACUCUGCAUGAUCAGAUUUUUUAAAUCCUUUGUAUUGAAUUAUGUUGUGUUUUGGGUUUUUUUUUUUAACAGACUGCUGAUGUGUUGACAAAUGCAAAGCAUUUUGUGAACAUAAAAUGUAUAUUUCCUCAACAAUAAGCUUGAUUCGCAUGAAAUAAUCAGUUUCUAAAGCUUACUCAACAUUUUUCCUAAUAAACAAGUGCUCUUAUUCUGCUUAUAUUGAGCUGUACUUCCCCAGUUUUAGAUACAUGUAUUUUUAUCUUGUUAAAUAUUCUACUUGGUUUGUCUUUCCUCUUGUUUGGCUUUGUAUUACACACCAUGUGGUUUGGGUUUUUUUGUUUUGGGUUUUUUUUUAACUUAAUUGGUGUUAAGUGUUUCAUGUAGUUUCAGUUUAGCUAAGCUGUUUUCUCUUGCAUCAACACUAAAUGCAAAAAAGGCAGUGUUCACAAAAAAAGCCUGGCUGGAUAGACCACCUCCUGCUGUUUCAUUUUUAUGUUAAUUUUGGUUACAUGCUCUCUUGGACAUGCUGUUAUUCAAUGGGGCUAAAAGAUUUAUGGUACCAUACUUUUCAUAUCAAAUCAAAAUGUGCUUAGAGAGGAACAUUCAACGGGUGACUUGUCUGCAGCUGCUCAACUAUCUUCAGUGCUCCAGUCAUGAUGCAAUACAGAGUUGUAACAUCUUCUGGACCAGUGCUGUGGUCAGAGUUUCUACAUUAGGUUUGUGCUUGUAAUUUCUUUCUCCUCUGGCAGGAAAAAAAAAACCCAAACAAGUAGGAGGGAAAAUCAUGUCCUGGGGAAUAAUGAGAUUUGAACUUAUUUUCUAAGCUACUCAGUUGUGCUGUUACAAAGAGACCUAUCUUACCCUUUCACAUUUUUUUAGUUUUCUUAAAUGCUGAAAAGUUACGUUAUACUAAAGGCUUCCAGGGAAAUAGAAGAGAGUUCUGUGUUUGACCUGUCUUUGAGAUGAGCAAUCUCUCUGCUUUGUAUCGAUGACCAAAUUCAUUAAGAUGUGUAUGAAUGUAAAAUUUCACCAAGGCUUGAUGAAAACAGCUGUGUAAGGAAUGCAGACAGAAAUACCAAACAUCAGUGUAAACUUUCACCCUUCUAAGUUUAUUCUCAAGCCCAGCAGGGACAGGAAAGGCAGACAGAACUCAGCCAUUACAUUAAAUAGCAGCCAGCUUGCUGAGCAUGAGGUUUUAAUGCCCCUGUCAUUGGCACUUUGCUCCUGGCAGGUAUUUUCUAAGGGAAGAUUUUACUGUUGGGAAAGCGAGGCAGAGAUGAAGAUCACAAAUGCACUGCUCAUAGAUUUACUGCUUGUUGGUCAGUUUUUAUAGCUCACAUUUGCUUUGUGACUGUAGCACCUCAUCUCUCUUCAAUAUAGAUUUGCCUAGAACAGAAAAAUGUUACAGCCUUGGUCACGUACUAUGUAAAAGGAGUUACUGCAGUCUGGUUGUAGGCUUGGUCUUUUAUUUCUCUCUCAAGUCCUGCAUAUGUAUGUUACGUGUUCCAGUGCUUCUUUUCCAUUAAAGAGAAAUGGGCACCCUCCAUAUGAUGCAGUAAUUGCAGCUCACAGGUAGACACAUUUUCAACCUGCUACAGUCUCGACUUGUGUCUGGCAAGGAGCUUCAGGCAGCUCUGCAUUUAUAUUUGGAAGGAAAAGCAAAAGACAAUUCCUAAAACUUCCAGUCAUUUGGUUCUGAAAUUAAAAUACAUAUUUGAAAUCUUUAUAGGCUACCACGUGAAAGGUUGUGUUCUUUUUGGGCCUUCUGAUCUGCACCAUGCUGUCCACUUGCCUCCCACUUAGCAACAUGAGAAGGUCACUGCUGCCUGCUGGGGUGGAAGCAGGUGCUCGUGUCAGUGGCAAAGGUCGGCUGAACAGUAGCAUGCUUAAGGAUUGGAGUGAUGCAAGUGGGCUGCCCAGACUGUAGCCUGGGAAAACCAUUCCCUGAAGCCUGCCUAGGAUCAGAUCUUGACCAUACAAGAAUCCUCGGAUUUGGGGUUUAAUUGAUUAUGGCUUGCUGGCAGAAAGUGUGCCGGAAUGUGCUAGUCCUUGGGACAGUACCUCUUGAAAACGUUCCUUAGAGCAAAGCUAAAUCCCUAACCAUAAGAAGCAGCAUUUAUGUAGUUAGAGGAUUUGUGUUGCUUUUCCGGCUCUUUUGUUUCCACCCGGCUCCUUUUUCCCGGGGCGCUUGCCAGCGGCUUCUGGGAGCGGCCAGAGGGUGCGACAACCACCUUUGGAGUUCGCUUUGAUACAGACAGAGCUAUUCUGAGAGCGCUACCAAUGACCGAGACAGAGAUCAGAGAGGCCGCUUGCUUGCAGUCCAAGGAAGAUUGUAUUUGCUCGAAUGCUGCAAGGACAAGUGAUGGGGGAGGGGGUUUGGUUACUGUUUUUAUAGGGAGUACAUAGGUGAUAAGGUUAAACCAAUAGAAACAAUGUCCAGUCUGAAUACAUUACAAGUGAAAUCCAAUGGGAAUAGCUUCAGGGGGAAGGAUGAACUUACAGAAAAAUACAGAAACGAAACUCCAACUUCAGAUUCACAAAGCUUUUUGCCCCUUUUGUGUAGCUACGCACUACCACAGAUUUGAUCUUUUAGGGGGUUGUUACAACUUUUUGAUGUUACAACUUUUUGUCUAUAAAUUCUGCUGUCUGUUUUGACCUCUAUUUCAGUGAAAUAAAGAUGUUACUUACUUUCUGUUCUACUGUGAA